AGCGCCAUGUUUGCUGCAAGACUAGGACAAAUCGAGUGCUUUGAGGCCCUUAGAUUAAAAACAAAUUAGCCCAGUUUAAGGCAAAAUAUAGAGAAAUAUACAUAUUCUUGGCAAUGUGAGCGAUGCAGUUCAGUUUCAGGGUCGUUUGAAGCUAUCUCAGAUCUAGUUUGAGAGUUCUUCGGGGCAACAGAGGCUCUCCUCGGCUCCCUUUAGCCAUGGAGACCAUGGAGGUGUAUGAAGAGACUGAUCGGAGGAUGACAGAGGAGGUGGAGAGCUGCUACACCCUCAUGGAGGUCACCUCUCCCAAGAAGAGGAAGAAGAACAAGGCUCAGAAGGGGGAGAUCAUGGAGAAACCCAAAAAACCCAGAUCAGCCUACCUGCUGUACUACUUUGAUGUGCACCAGACCAUGCAGCAGGAGUUCCCCAGCCUGCCCCAGUCUGAGAUCAACAAGAGGAUCAGUGUGAGCUGGAAGAGGCUCAACGUGGCAGAAAAGGGCUACUACCUGGAGAAGGCCAAGCUGGAGAAGGAAGGGACGGACACGUCAUCUAUGGGCCCUUCCCAGGAGCUCCCAGGCUUCCGUAGGAUCCUCCCCAGGGCCAACUACGUCCUCCUGCCCAAGGGGGCCAUGUCAGACGACAGGACAAGCUCCCAGCUGGAGGUGUGUAUGGAGGGUCUGGRCUCUCCCGUGGGGGAAGGGGUGAUGCCCUCCCUGUCCCUUGGUUCCCCCCAGUACCCUCCCUUGGUGCUGGGCUGCGAGGUGGAGCUGUCGGAGCAGUGCAUCGCCAUCGAGGGCCUGACAGACGAAAAGGCUGUGACCCUAACACACUCCGGGGCCCUGCAGGGGGUCCUCUCCUCAUCAUAUCACUCCUCUUCCUCAGUCUCUGCCGCCCACGAAUCCCACAAUGCACCUCACCUGGCGUCAGCCGGUUUGCUGCUCAAGGAGGAGGAGCCCAGGAUKGUGGGCGGGGGCUAUAGUGUCAUUGGAAUGGCGACUGACGGGAGACGUGUGGGCAGGACGGUGGUGCAGCACGUGAAAACAGAGUUGGUCACCAUCAUACCCAAUCAGGAUCUGAUGGAGCACAGGACAUUGCCAGGAGCCAGCUCUGUAGCCUCUGUUGUCAUGGUACCUGURGGAGCUAGGGUGAUACGGGACACUAAUCCCUCAUACAAACUGUCGAAUAAAUACACCAGAAGAGGCCGGGGCAGCUGUCAGACAGCGGGCUGCUCCUUUGUCUACGUGACCCGUCACAAACCCCCCUUCUGCCCUGAUUGUGGCAACCACCUGGGGGGCAAGUGGGUGCCCGCUGCGGUGAAGGCUCCAGGUGCUGCUGCUUCAUUCAAGACGUAUGCCCAGAAACUACCAACAAACCCUGGGGACCUCCCUAAGACUAGUGUGCCUCCCUCUGAUGAUCAGAACAUUAAGGUGUCUGGAUGGCGGAAGGGAGGGARAGGACCGCGGGAGCCCAGAGGACAAGUGCAGCAGCGUGCAGUUACACCAGGACCACCACUAGAGGGAGGCAGAGCCAUCAGCCAGGGAGUCAUACAGCCUGCUCCAGCGGUGUCAGGGACACAGACAACUACUAUGAUAGCUUUGGUUGGAACACAUGUGACUGGUGCCAGGGUCAAAGUGCAGGAAAGGAGCAGUGUGAUUGGUCAAAAGCGACCUGUAAGAGCCAUCCUCCCUGCCCCAUUCAACACAGGCCGGGCCGUGGUCCAGUGGAUUACUGUCCCUCCUCAUAAAGGCAAAGUUGAGGAGACCACCUGCAGCAAAUCAACCACAGAGCUCAGUGAGAUGAUCGCAGGUUUGAAGCCUAACACUCUGAAACAGCUCGGCCAGAUCGUGACAACAACGCCUCUGGAACAGACUCUCCCUACUCCUGUGGAAACAAGCCAGUAUAUUGUUACUGAUAAAGUGGGGGAAAUCCUCUCAGUGGUUCCUCUCAAACAGAACUCUACCUCCACACUGGACCUGGGUCUGUCUACGGCGCGGGGCAGGGGUCGCUGUAAGAACCCGUCAUGUGGCUAUGUCUAUAAGAACAGACACAAGCCUGUGGAGUGCCCCUGCUGUGGCUUGGAGCUGUCCAGGAAGAACGCCAAGGGCUCCAAGGCACAGGGUGGUUCAGUAGCUCUGUUAGAUCCGUACCGGACCCUGUCCCCAGCCCAGAGGGAGCUUCAGCGCCAGUCCACCCUGCAGCUGCUGCGUCAGGCCCUGCAGAUCUCUGAGAGUGAGGCUGAGCUCCAUGAUACCCUGGCUCUCAUCCAGGAACUCAACUCUACCCAGGUGGUCCUCACCACCACCACCCAGGCCGGGGACCAGGUGUUAGGGGAAGGGGAGGGCCUGGGGGAGGUGCAGGUCCAGUCAGGCUGGCCGCGGUUCUAUGAGUCUGCAGCCACACACUGUGCUCUGUGUCACUACCCGCUAUUCAAGGGAGGACAGAGUUCUUUAGCAGGGCAGGAGGACUGCUGGCUGUUGACUGACUCUCUGAUCCAGACAGCCUCUCUCCAGCUGAAGGUGUGUCUCAACCCCCAGUGUCUGGCCUUGCACAGCUUCACCGACCUCCACCCAGGUCUGUUCAACGUUGGCAACAGGUUGCUGGUGAGUCUGGACCUGUUCUUUAAGAUCCGGAGUCAGGUCAGACUGGGCCGGCAUCCUAACCAGAUAGUCAGGACCAUCCUGGACCACAUCCACAACCACGCUGUCCACACUCUGAGUCCUGAGGAGUUGGCCCAUGUCCAGGAGCUGCUGGUUAGUGGCUACUGGGCCUUUGAGUGUCUGACUGUGAGGGACUACAACGACAUGAUCUGUGGUGUGUGUGGCAUCGCCCCCAAGAUGGAGAUCGCCCAGCGGUACACACACAACGUGCUGGAGCUUAGGAAUGUGGAGUUUACGUGGCCAGACUUCGGGGCUCCAGACAAGGUGCAUGUGGAUGACUUCUGGCUGACCAUGGAGAGUGAGGCCAUCGAGCAGGCAGCAUUCCCCUGCAGCGUCCCCAUCACCCGGGUCGACGCCUCCAUCAUCGCCCCCUUCAUCCCACCACUAAUGAGGAGCUCCACUGUCAUCAACACAGAGAAGGACAAGGCCCUGCUCCUCACACAGCACACAGGUGACCCAUCAGUUCUGGUGCGUCUGAUCCACGAGGGCCAACUCAGACCGGACCGAAUGGACGAGCACAGUGCAGAGGAGCUCAAAGCCAUACUGGAAUGCUGUGGAGAGAUCACUGCACCAGAGAGCAACAAGGAUGAGUUGCUGGUCUCUCUGAUCUCCCUGUGUGCGUGUGUUCAGAACGGCCUCUCCACGGCCCCCCAGCCCCCUCCACACCUCACAGCAGGCAAGCUGUCCAAGAUCUGCCCCCAUCAGGUGGUGUGUGGUUCCAAGUACCUGGUGAAGGGUGAGACUGCACGCGACCACGUGGACCUGCUGGUGUCCUCCCGGUAUUGGCCUCCCGUCUACGUUACCGACUCUGCCCGCCAGGUGGCGCUGUGUACAGACGUGCAGUACCCUGAGCUGGCCUCCACCAUGUGGGGCAGGAACCAGGGCUGCUUCUCUGACCCCAUGGACAAACCAGAGUUUGUGUCGUGUGCUGAGCUACAGGACCAGCCUUACAGUGCUGACCUGUCCUCCGUGGUGGAGAACCCCCAGGUCCACCCUGUCACCAAGUCCUCUUCCCGCUGGAUAGUGCACCCUGCUGGGCCUACAGAUGGCCAGGAGCCCCCCUGUCUGGACCACCACUCAAUGGGGCUCUGCAAUGAGCUGGAACCUUACUGCAGUCUGGUACAAGACCUGGAGAGAGACAAUGAGAAAGAAGAGGACGAAGGGAAGGAGGAGAGGAAGGAUGGGUUCAAGGUUGAAGCCGAGGUAACAGAAGGGUCAGAGGUCACUGAGGAGGAAUGUUCUGAGGGUUUGGUGACAUCAUUGCGGCGUCGGCCUUUGGCCUUUGACAACACGGCCUACUACUACCUGUACAACCGUCUGCAGGACUUCCUGUCCAGCCGGGAGGUGGUGGACCAGCAGAUCAGCACAGUGCUGAAGGCCUGCCAGCCUGGGGAGGUGGUGAUCAGGGAUGCCCUCUACAGGCUGGGAGUGGCACAGAUCAACACAGAGGAAGGGGAGGAGGGGGAAGGAGACGGGGGGGUGGAGGAAGACACUGGGUACGAGGAGGUGGUGGUUCUCUGAGAUUGACAGAUUUUGGCUUUUUGGAGACUAUCCAAUGUAAACAAACCAAUGUAAUUCUCUGACAUUGGGGGAUAUGUUUAAUAUUAUGGACAUAUGGGCCACGUUAUUAUGAGGUAAUCCUUUUUAGAAAGAAGGCAAUAUAUAUAUAUAUAUAUAUAUAUAUAUAUAUAUAUAUGGAGAUAUCUGGUUCAGAAAAUCUUGCGUGUAGUGCGGAGGCUGGUAGUCCUUGAAUGUACUGUGCAAAAAUAUGCUUGAGUGUUUCCAAAGAAACAGAGGUGUUGCUGCUAACCAGACAGAUAGUCUGUAACUUAUCAUCAGUCCAGCAGAGACUUUGUUGCUGGUUUGAAAUGAAAGAAUGGCACUUAGUUUUCUUUGUGAGAUGAGCAGAACCGGUGAAGAGUGUAAAAACUUGGAUGUUACUAACUGCUCUCUGCUUUACUUUGACUGAAGGACAGUUCACAUAGUUUUAGAAUAGAUACAGUUUUAAAACAUUGUUUAUGUUGACUAACUUCAUUAUUGGAGUGCAUAAUGUUAUUUUCUAGAAGUAUAAUAAUAAUUCUAAUUAUUUAAUAACUGUAUUUAAUGAGUCCUCGUGCUUUCUCAUCCUUAGUAAGACCUUUCAAACUGUUCUAUGCUAUCUUCUUGUACCUCAGUUGUCACUCGUUGCCCUUUGGGCUGAAAUGUAUUCAAGGUAAACAACCUUUCACAUCUGCCUCAUGGGCUGAUGGAAUCUGUAGUUCUUGUGGCCUUUGAUUGUUUUUUGACUACAGGAGACUCUUGCCUGAGCUCCUAUUGGAGGGGUGGCUCUGAAUGUCAGGACUGUUCUAUCAUCUACUCUCAGCUGCUUGAAUGGAAUCUAAAGAAGACAAUGAUUGACUUGAUGAUGUAACUGUGAUGGACAUAGUUAUUACAAUUUGCGGAUGUAACUUGAUACCCACUCAAGGGGGUAAGAAUAUAUAUGGUGAAUGUAGCCAUUUCUGAAUAAUUUUGCUCAAGGAAUUAUAAAUAGAGCAAAAAAAGGAUUUCCUAAUGUUGAAUCAAGUUUCUGUGGGAUUGUUACUUCCUAUUUAGGUGGUCUGGUAUUGCUCAACCUCCCAUGAGAACAGGGAAUGAAACUUCAGAAGAAUGCAGAGAAGGCAUUUUCAUCUGAAACGGGAACUGAGGUAAAAAAUCACUGAAAUUGUGCUUUUUGUUCACUGUCAUAUGACGUACUAUGGAGUAGGCUGAAAUGUUGUUGUUGAAACAAGUCCACAGGGAAAUAUAAUGUGGUAUAUCCAAGGGAAGCUA